ACAGCAUGCGAAUGAUGUGGGUUGUGUUGUCUAGGCGGAGAUGAGCUGUGUGGGAAGAUGGCACCUGGCGCAUCGAGGUUGAUGAGGACGAUUGAGCCACGCAGCCACAGCUUCAAGCCACUCAUUACCAGCAAUGACGUCGUCCGAGAUGUGGAUGCUGCAACCCUGCUUGUCGCGUGUGUGUCCCCUGAGAGCUGUCAAAGUGUCGACACAACUACGUCUUCGCGUCUCUGUGUAUUUCGCCGCGAUCCGAUAUCCCCGGACAUCGCAUCAUCCUUGCGCCGAUAAUGAGGCACCGACUGUCAGCGCUGGCCUCGCUCCCACGCGCCUCCACAAUCCCAGCCGCUCGAUGCGCACCACUAUUCACACGCAACUCCCCGCGGAUAUCAAUACAGCUUAGGGCGUCUUCCCAAUUCCGAUGCUUUGCGACCAAGCCCAGAGGCGUGGACAAGGAGACUGACAAGUAUGGAGAUUACAGCAAUUCCAAUGCGCGGCCUGCGGCAGAGCUCAAUGAGAACAUCACACAGGAAGAGAAGGAUCACUUCGCAAAGAAACUGAAGGAAGACAAGGGCAAGCAAAUACGAACACCAUGGCACAGGGAAGGAAGCGACCUGCCGCCUGUUGCGCGACAGAGGAGCGCUGGAGCCAUGACCAAGGGUAAACUUCUGACUACCCCAUCGCGGAUGCUUAAAAUUAUCCUGCCGCUUACGACGAGCGAUAUGAACACGGACCGCAAAGACGUAGAACCGCUAGCACUCCUCGUCCACCCACAGCAGCCCAUUUCCUACCUCGAACGCCUGAUACAAGCCGAGCUACCCACAAUCAAAGACAGAGAGGGUCGUGAGCGCCAGCCGAAUGUCUACUUCCGCGCUGAGGACUCAAUGCAGCACGACGCUGAGCCGGGGGAAGUAGAGAGCACACCAGUCAGCAGCGAAAGCGAGAGUCUCAGCGAGAAAGACGGCGAAGAGGACUUUGAAAAGAUCGAUGAGAUUCGUAUUGACGGAAAGACACAAAAGACAGGGAAGCUCAAUAGUCAAGAUCGGAAGACACCUGAAGAAGCGGAGCAGCUGCGAGGUGGGCCUGGAAAGGGCGGCGUUGAGUCGUACUCCGGACAGGGUCAGGAAGCACCGGCAGACAAGCAGGGCGAACGCAAAUUUGUGCGAUGGUCUUCAUCAACCGAAAUUGGUGACUUUAUCCGCGAUGCUGCUCGAGGGCAGGAAUUCGCCAUUGAGAUUGAAGGUGCGCCAGAGGAGAUCCGGGUUGGUGUGCCUAGCUUCAACGACAGGACCUACUAUCUACGAAUGCGUCUGCGCAAGACGUCCAAGAAGAUUAGUGAGAUGGCGAGCGUGAAGAAGGAGUGCGAUGAUUUGGCGCAGGCGGCGGCAAAGAAUGUUGCAAGAGCUGGUUUCGUAGGAAUCGCUGGAUGGUGGUGCGUUGUUUACUACCUCACCUUCCAGACAGAGCUGGGCUGGGAUGUUAUGGAGCCCGUCACAUACCUCGUCGGUCUCUCUACCUUGAUUGGAGGUUAUGUAUGGUUCCUCUACCACAACCGCGAAGUCAGCUACCGUUCUGCCAUGAACUUCACCGUAUCUCGCCGACAGCAGAAGUUGUACGCGCAACAUAAUUUCGAUUUGCGUAAGUGGGAAGUCCUGAUCGAAGACGGAAAUGCCCUGCGCAAGGAGAUCAAGGCUGUUGCCAACGAGUACGAUGUUGAGUGGGACGAACUGCAAGAGGAAAAGGACGAGAAGGUCCAGGAAGCACUCAAAAAGGAUCGCAAGAAGAAGGAGGAAAAGAAGAAGUCAAAGGACGACGAGGAUGACCCGGCACCAGAACCGAAGAAGGACGACUAAGCCAAGUGAGCGGUAGUUUGUUGCACCAGCUCAUACAUAUUUUGUAGGUUAAGCACUUGAGCGAGGCGUUCAUGGGCAUUUUCAUUAGACAGCGCUUGCAGCAUACUACAUAUCGCGGCCACAUGUGGUUCUGCACCACGUAUACAUAUUUGCCAUUGAACAACACCUUUGAUCAUCUGAUGGCGCGCCAGCUGGUUUGACAUGAU